GUAUUGUAAUAGGGAAUUUGAAGAUGAGAAAAUUCUUAUUCAGCAUCAAAAGGCAAAACACUUUAAGUGCCACAUUUGUCAUAAGAAAUUAUAUACGGGACCAGGACUUAGUAUACAUUGUAUGCAGGUACACAAAGAAGCAAUAGAUAAAGUACCUAAUUCAUUGCCAAAUCGUAGUAACAUUGAAAUAGAAAUAUAUGGAAUGGAAGGUAUCCCACCGAACGAUGCUAAGGAGCAUGAAAGACAACGUAACGGUGGAAGACCUGGAUCACCUAGUUCUGGAGAAGAUGAACCUGUACAAAAAAAGGCUAAACCUGAAGGUUUAUUAGGUUCAGCACCUGGAGCUAUGCCUACGAGUUCUAGUAUAAUGUCUGGGGUUAUGCAAGGAAUGACGACGCAUCCUGGUAUGCCGCCGAUGGGUCAGUUCCCACCACCUAUGCAUCAUAUGAUGGGACCUAUGGGCCCAGUAGGUCCACCGUUCAUGGGACCUGGUAUGAUGCCUGGAAUGCCAGGUAUGCCACCAGGUAUGCAACCACCGGUGUCUGGUACAUCUAUGCCGCCAACGAGGCCAUUAUUCCCAAGUGCUGCAGCUGUGUCAACGGCUGCAUCUACAGCUGUGACAUCAACCCCGUUGGGUACUGAUUUUAAACCAAUUACAUCAGUGGCUGGUGGGUCUAUAGGACCAGUCAAGCCAACAUUCCCUGCUUAUAGUGGUACUGAUAGUAGUACCACGACUAAUAGUAACCUUGGUAGUGAACAAAAAGUUAAUCUUAUUGCGACAACAGGGGCUGCUAGUAAAAUUAUUCAUCCCCCUGAAGAUCUCAGUUUAGAAGAAAUUAGAGCAAGAUUACCAAAAUAUCAACGCCGACAAACAGAGGAGUCUCGAUCAGCACAAGCUGACGCUAAUCAGCAGGCUGUAGCGUUGCAACAACAACAACAACAACAGCAGCAGCAGCAGCAGCAGCAGCAACAACAACAACAGCAACAACAGCAGCAGCAGCAACAACAACAAGCAGCUGCUAAUGUAGCUGCUGCAUUUCAAGAUCAACAACAAAGACAGCAAGCAGCAUUAAAUGCGCUCCAACAGCAACAACAACAAAGGUUUCAAAGGCCUCCGCAAGCAGUAAUGGUACCAGCAUCGGCAGCAAUGCCUGUGAGCUCAGUUGCUCUUAUGGCACCAUUAAUGCGACCCACAAUGACAUUAGCUGCACCUGCUCUUAUUCAUGGAGGUAACAUGAUGCGACCGCCCCCCAUGGGCCUACCACCAGGUGGGUCGAGCGGCCAACGAAAUAACAUCUGUUCCAAUUCCUUCCACGUCGGGCAGCCACUUUGAUUUUGGGACACAUCAUGAGUCUUUGGAUGUGAUAUACCUCCUCUCGAAACAAUAAUAGAGUCAUUGGUAUCAGGAGCACGAUUACAUUUCAAUUAUUCAGUCAUAUUAUUACUAAUUUAUAUUCCACGAUUAUUAUUAUAUUACGUGCG